ACAUUGCUUGCCUAUAGGAUGAUUGAUACUCCAACUACGUACAGGAAAUGGCGCACAAUUAUGGGACAGACUUACAUAUAUUUACAGAUUCACGCUUCGAAACAUAAGCUGUGUGCAGUCUCUAGAAUGUUUGUUUGGAUAUAUUUCUGUAUAAUUUGGAUUUUAUGUUAGCUUAUUAUUAACUUAAUAUCGUCCCUCAUUCAACAUGGAUGGGAAGGUCUGCCAGCAACCUGUGAAUGGUUGUGGGUUUCCACCAGGCUCUGCCUGGUUUCCUCAUGCUAUAAUGCUGGCCGCCGUCGUAUAAGUGAAAUAUUCACUUAUACAGCGUAAAAACACCAAUCAAUAAAUCAUUCAGCAUGAAAAGAAGCUGUUGAACAUUAAAUGUUUAAAGGUUUAAAGGUUUAAAGAGGGAAGUUGUUUCAAUAGUUACAUGUCAUAGGCUGAAUAUUGAACCCAAGCUCCCAGGACCAUUUUGCCAGGAAUUUUUGAGAAUAUAAGAAGUUUUCUUAGGGAGAAACUGUAGGUAGACAGUAUCUGGAACACUUUUUAACUGAUAUGUAGCAUUUGUAUUAGGUCCUGAUUCUUUCAAGAAAUAAAAUUAAAGGAAGAUCAAGAUGAAAAGGCUUUAUAUAAUAAGUCAUAUAUAUUUCUCUCUAGGAAUGAAUGUUGAAGGCACUUACGUUGAGGUUGUAUUGGCAAAGCCUGUGAACAAAACAGAUUACGUGAGAUAUUCCAAAAUUGGGACAAGGGGAUCUUUGGUGACAAGGGGAACUGGGCUAUGGCUAUGAUUUUGAUCCUAGUUACUCUCCACCAUCAUAUUACAACCCGAUGUCUCCACCACCUGCAAGGGGGUUGGCAGAGUGAGGUCACAUGGGCAUCAAAAGCCCUGUGCGAGGCCGAGGGCUCCAGAGGUAUAGGUGUGGGGCAAAGAGGAGGGAUGAUGAGUGGGUGGGGCUUUAAGAAGCAUCCAGCAGAGGUGCUCGAUGACCUUUGCCAGAAGAAUGGAUGGGGAAGUCCUGUAUACCAGCUUCAUUCUGCUGUGAUGGAAGUGGUGCCCAACAGCUCUUUUUGUACAAGGUACUACCAUAGGUUUCAACAAAAUGUUGACAAGAAACUUGUUUGAAGAGAUAAGAAUCAAGUUCUUUUGCUGGAAUGUAACUUUUUUAUUUAUUUAUACAAUUAAUCACAUCCAUGUGUACCAGAAAGAAUAAGAAGUAAGUUAUCUUAUAAAAACAAUUGAUCUGAAGUAAAUCGAAAAAAAGAAUUUUGUGGUUGUGAUUUAUACAUGUAUAAGUGUCAUGUAGAAGUUGAUGUUAGGCAUUUACAUUUUUAAUCUAUUUUAAAGUACAGUUGUCUUUCAGAUCACCAUACCAGCUCUCAGUGCUCAGUUUCCAAAUCAUAACCCAUUUGCCCCACAUAAACUGUGUUCUACUGUUGAGGGGGCAAAGGUUUUUGCAGCAGAGUACACUUUGGUGCAGUUAGGUGUGCCUGUUGAAGGUAAAGUUAGUGUCCAGAGAAAAAAGGAAAGACAAACAAAUGCUUCACUGCCCAAGCUCUACCCUUUUUCACUUAUGAUACAUGAUUGAAUAAGUGGCCAUUGUAGGCUUUGAUUUCUUCUUACUUUCCUGAGCCAGCUUUGCUUCUUGAAAGUUAAUUUAAGAAAGUAAGAGCUGUCUCAUUUUACAUGUUUAUAACAGUAUAUGAAAAGUAUAAAAACUUCUUUACUGGAUAAUAUGUAAUAAGACAUGCUGCAAAAACUUAAUUGCUGAAAAUUACUAUUAAUAGCUGAGUGAAAGGAGAAUGUGUAAAUAUGACAGCUCUAAAAGUAUGCUUCGUCCUCACCCUCCCUGCCUUGUAAUGUGCAUAGUGCUUCCUCAGGCUCACUUCAAAAUGCCAACCCAGUUCAAACCCAGAGGGCUGUUUUUCAGAGUACUUAUAGGCCUAGUCAGAAUUAAGCUAUCCUCAGUCUAUAAAUUGAGUGUUAUAAAUUAACAUGGCAAUUAGACCACAUGUGUAUUGUUAUGACUGCUUUGAAAAACUCCCUGUUGCCUAUUAUAUAACCAAGCUUUAAGUAUAACUUUGACUUGCAUGUUUAGAAAUCAGUAUACAAAGAAGAAUAAAGGAAAGAAGGUCUUUCUUUAACUUGGUAUUUUACAUGCACUGCAGUAAGGGGAUUUUCUGUUUAUAUGUUUUUCAACAUUUAUUUGACAUAUUUCAAAAUUUGUUGUUUCCAUUUAUGGACUUCAACUGGGUGGUGUAUAUAUUUGUGGGUCUGUUUGUCCUUAGAUGGUGAAGUGCGUGUAAGUACUAUGGUUGCCCCAUCCAGUCCAUAUCAGGUGGGACGUCCCAUUGCUCCUGCCUGUUCCCUGACAAAUGGUGCGCACUGUGAUCAUUUGACUCAUACCUCUGCCGUGCCUGUAAUGUCAAGCGCUUGUUACGGAGAUUCUCCGGGGAAAAUGCCUUCCACCCCAGAGUACAGUAGCCCGCCAUAUCCUUACACCCAGCCCAGCUAUGCCAGCCACUCCAGCCCAGCUGUGGAACUCCAUUGAUGACCUAAGGUACAUGUAAACUAAACACCUGCCUCAACACGACUCGCAUGAGAAAGGUUUGUAUUAUAAUGUGCUAUAAUAAAGACCAAAUAUUUUGACAUAUGGAGUUAGGAAAAUAAGCGUUUAAAUCAUCUUUUACAAUUUGACUUCAGACAAAAUCAGAUUUGUGGAACCGGUGCCUCGCGCGUUCUGGAUAACGAUAUAUGUUACUUAAACCCUGACCUUAGAAAUAAGCGAUGUUAGUCAAAUUUUAAUGUAAAAUAUUUGUGAUACCAAUCAAAGUUUCCAUCAUAAUGAAUAUAAAAAUGAAGCUGUUGUUCAUGUCUAGCCAAUAAGGACUGAUUGAAAAAUCCUCAAAUAAUUUAAUAAUUUAAUUUCUACCACAGGAAAACGAGAAAGAUUUAUGUGAAGUUGAACAGUAAAAUAAAUACUUUUACUGCGUUUACCACCGGUGUGACGUCACAGGUCAAAGUAAGUGGUUAGGUAACGGGUUAUUUAAGUGGUUAGGAAACGGGUUAUGUAAGCAGAAUAGCGGCCGGCGAUGACCUAGCGAGCAUGAUGGCAAGUGGGCUUAGAUUAGCCAUACAACGCUAACAGUGAUGUCCCAAUAAUUAUUUUGUUCAUUUUUACAUAAAUCCGUUUAAACAGGUGGGCUUCGAUUAGCCAUACAGUGCCAAAGGCUGUUCCCCAUCUAUAGCCGUGUCAACAAGCGGCCCAGAGUUAUUCCCCCUGAAAUUCUCUGAACGAAAUACGGCAUGUCUUUAUACUGCAUGAUCGUAUGAUAAAUAUGUCAGUUUCAGUCGACGGCCCGUAUGUCUAGCGUUAUGUUGUACUAAAAAACAUCACAUGAGUUCUGCAAAAAACACCAAGGCUAUCUGGGUGGCUGAAAAUGACACAAAUCCAAUCUACUAUCGCUGACAUCGAUUUGACAACAGGCAUUGUCCUGUGUAAUAUUCCAAAAUAGAAAAAACAAAUUUUUUUUCGCGUUGUUCUAGCUUCUGGAUUGUCUUAUAGAACAGCUUAUCAUGUCACACAAUUAUCUACUGGUAUCGAUAGUCAUACUUUUUCAUGUAUGUGCAGAAGCGAAUAGCUGUGGGUGUUGACCUAGCGAGCAUGAUGGCAACUGGGCUUAGAAGAGCCAUACAGCGCCAUCUAUGAUGUCCAAUAAUUAUUCUUUUAUUCAAAUUUACAUAGAAAAGGCACCAAAUCUAGAGAAUAUGACCACAGAAACGUGUUAGGCAACAUAUAGGCAAAAAAUAAGCUGAUAACUUGGAGGCAUACGGUUGUGUAGCACUCGCUGUGCCACUGCGAAAACAAUUCACCCGUGAAUCUUAAGUAUUGAAAAAUGGACCAUUCAUAGUAGGAAGAAACAACAAACCGAAUUGCCGAACUGUAGGCCCGACAAGCUCGCAUGCAUGUCCCAGAGUUCGGUGAAAUACCCGAGAGUUAUCGUCCCUUACCACUGUCAAACUCUAAUUUGUUUACAUUUUUUAAACAUGAUUACCUGUUUCAUUGUCCUCAAUGGUGAUGUCCCCAAGUAAAAUGAACAAAAACAGACCAAGUUUAACACAGCCUAUGAAAUCUACAAACCCAUUUUUCGCAGUUUCGGACAUUAAAAGUGUUGCAACACGAACCGACCACAUUCUGUUUAUACUUGUGGGCUUAGAUGAGCCACACGGCGCCGUCUGUGAUGUCCAAUAAUUAUUAUUUUAUUCCAUUAGAAUAGUAUCCAGUGUACAUGCAUAUUUGGGUGUUGUGUACGGCUUAUUCGAGGUAGGCAGACACGAGCAAACCAGGUCACGGUGAUCAAUCCAUCAAUCAAUCCAUACCAGGCAGGCAGGCCAGCCCAAAAAAAAAAAAAAAAAAUCCCACCGACAGGCUCUACGGUCCAUAGCGACGACCCUCUGCCUGCAGCAGUGAGCCUUCCUGGGCAAACAUUGUUGCGAAGACACGCUGAGCGAUCCUACCCACCAGCCAGCAGUCAGGCAGGCCAACAAUGUUGUCGGCUGUGGUUUGUUUUGACACGUGGUUUUGUUUUGACUGGCUGUGACCUGCCUGUCUGCCUGCUUGCCUGCCUGGCUCUCUCUAUCACGUACGGUGCAUUCCAUAACCCCUAGCUCAACUCAUUCAACCUCACCCGUGCUAUAGGUGAGACAUCACCAACACAAAUAACACAAAGACCGGGGAUGAUUCCCUAGUAAUGUAAGACCUGUUUGUCUGCGGUUGAAUCACCUGCGAGACUAUCUUACCUUGUCGGGUGGACACGUGACUGGCUUUUGGGGGAACAAGUGUUAAAUAUAUGCUGGACAAAGAAACACAAAUGCUCUGGUGGGUUUUCACAAGUGCCACAGCGUGAGAAUUUAUUACGUGAGGCAGAGGUAAUCAGUAUAAGAGUAGGAGUAUCUGUAAAUAGGUUUCUUCCCUUCCUUCCUUCCUUCUGAGUUUGGACAGUGUUCCCGCUGAGGGACUCACAAGGAGAAGCAGCCUGGAGGGUAACGUCUGGCAGUCAAGACGGUACAGCACCUGGGUGAAAUGUAUGAAUGAAGACUGGCUGUGAUCUUGGCGAAACACGUCUUGACUGCUCGGCUGUCUUGGAGGGAAUGGGAGAGCUUUCAAGUAUUAAUGAGUAAAUAAUUUAGAACUUAGCUUUUAAAGACUUAACAGAAGUGCCAUAUGAUCAUAACAGGUAAGUUAAACAAGUUACGGUGUUGGACAUGAUUAUUAACCCAAUUAUAUAAUAGACACGUUUGAUGUGUGUCCACAUGUAUACACAGCGACCUAUACACAUACAUGUAGGUCAAGGUAGGUUGAAGUUGAGAGGUCAGCCUGACAGUCAGACCAUAAUGCAUGUAACGUCUAAGCAUGGCAUCUAGAAACCAAGUGACAUCAUGCUAACAAUGAUCGCAACAUAGUCAAUACUAGAGAGGCCAAGGGUCACAGGGUUACCGGUAUCCUGUUUAAGAGAGGCAUCUAAACAUAAUGUCAAGUACGUUGCCAGGCUAAUAAGGGGCCAGGCUCGCAUUAGAAAUUUAGAUGACUCAGUGUAUCCACAUGAUGGGUACAAAUGCAUUUUAUGAUGCCAGGUCAUAUCUCAUAUAUAACAAGACAUGCUGGUCUAUGCCAGCUGACCUUCACCUCCAACCAAAACAUAACAUUCGUAAAUUACUCUUUUGAUCAUUAAACAUACAGGUUACAAAUCAAUAGUGUAGGUUAAUGUAUGCAGUAAUAAUCGGAGUGGUACAUUUUUAUGGGCUGUAUACAUAUUGUACAACCCACAACGGUUACCGCAUGAGGAACAAUGAUACGGGUCACGCAGGGUAUUUUGAUAAUACCUAUAAACUAAAUACAAUAUUACCACACGAUAGCCUAUAUGCAUAUUAACUGUAUAUACAAAGUUAAUAUCUAUAUAUAUGUAUCUAUCAACAAUAAUAACAAAUGCUUACUGACUGGCCAUAGAGAACAUGUACACUGGACUCAAAAUGUCAAAGUCCAAAAGCAUGAUAACUUCCAGUAUAUGUGCAUCUGCAGUGAUAUGUAAUUUCUGAGGACUGUGUUGUGUUAGGACUAUCACAGGCAUAACUAAAUACAAAAACUCAGAACAGUUACAAGUGGUUGCUUUUGUACUGAGUUUUCAUUUGGCCUGUGUACUGCUGGUGCAGCCAUCUUGUUUAGCCACUUGAUAGAGGCUGGGCUGAUAGGAUGAGAUUAACCAGCAGGGGUCAUCAGGGGCAAUAGAUGCCAAGGAGAAAUUAAUCCCUUCCAGAUGUGCUGCCACCUUGCUUACAUACACUGGGGUAAUACACAUGUCUGUAGCUACUGGAGGCUGGCAUGGUCAGCUCAAACAAAGGAAUUAAGCUUGACCAUGUGUUAACCAGUGUAAAAGGAACUAUUUGUUCUGGAAGUUAGGAGAUCAAGUUAAGUUUAGGCAAAAGCUAGUAGUUGAUACAUAUAGUCCUUAAAUUCCAGAUUAAUUUAAGUAAACAGUGGUCACUUUUUAAAACUAGUGAACUUAAGUGGGUUAAUAGUUCCAAUGUGGAGGUUUAUCCCAAACUAACACAGCUAACCAAAUAUUUUCACUGUAAACAGGUUGAUGGGAGAAGCAGUUAUCCCACCUGUUUCUUAGUGUAAAUUCCUGAAAGCUAUUCAGCCAAUCCUUUUAGAAUGUGUGUAUCUCUUUGCAGAGAUCACACUAACUUGUGAAUAACUACUCGAAGUAAUAACUUAAAUUACUCAAAAAGAUGUGCAUAAUAUAUCCUAUAUGGCACAGUCAGAUAAGUGCAUAUGUAACAACAAUUAUAUAUAUCAGUUUAUGGAAUUGUUCUGAGACCACAAGGGUUAAAUUCUUACCUGGGUGAAAUGUAUGAAUGAAGACUGGCUGUGAUCUUGGCAAAACACGUCUUGACUGCUCGGCUGUCUUGGAGGGAAUGGGGCUAAAACAAAGGGCCGCAUGGCAAGGCUAGGGUGUGGAGGUCAUGUGACCUCCAACCCCCUCUCAGGCCAUGGGCACUCCCCCACAAGCAUAAGGCUUGGUUACUGAUGUGACUAGUUUACUGGUGAACACCCAGAGCAGGUCUGGCCUGGAGAUUUGGGCAGAUCUGACCUUGGGGUUUACACUAAAAAAAAAAAACAGUAUUAUUAUUAUUUACAGCAAUGUACAGGCAUUUAACACGGAGCGUUGAUAGAGUAGUGACUGUGUGGUUGGCAGGGAGUCGCACUUCGUAUAUUAACCCGGGGCGAACAAUUUCUACAUAAUACUGCCGAAUGGGUCGGGGAUCCUUGACAUGCCGGCAGACGUCUUCAGUGUACGCUCGCAGCACCUGCAGUCGUCCCCCAUUCACCACACCAUCCGCAAACAUACUGAGAAGUACACCCUUGUAGCUUUGUAGGUCGUUGACGACAGCUACCCAGUCUUUCCACUUAGGUGUUGUACACAGCUUAGUCAGGUUAGAAAGACUUAAGGCAGACACCGUCGUCAUUCUAGUGCCGUCACCGACCGAACCAUAUCAACAUCAAUCAAAAAAAAAAAACACAACUCACUCCACUCACCUGAAGUAAAGGUAAGACAUCACCAACACAAAAGACCGGGGUGAAAUUUCAACCUUAAAACUUUUAUUUGAACUCGAACAAAGAACGAUGAAAUGUGUGUGUUUUCACGGUAAGACAUGCCACGUAAUGACGGUUGAAUCACCAAUAUGAAUGUCCUGGCACUGGUCAAUGUUUAUAACUCGCACCACCCUAGUCACCUUCCUGUAAAACACAUAGGUAGAACGAGAAUGAAUGAAGGGGGAAAAAAAACAAACAAAAGUCAGGGGUGCGAGGGGUAAGGGUGUGUUCACUAUCACCGUCGGGGAUGUUGGGGGCGGUAGUAGCAGCAGCAGCAGUCCCUUCCCCCUCCAUCUCCAUCCCCUGCUCUUGGGUGUCGUUAUCUUCAGCCUCCACCACCAUCACCAACAAGGCGUCGAUGUCGGGGAUGGCCUGUACCUGCUUUUGAACGUGAUACCCUCACUCGUCGGGUAGAGGGGACCGUUCGGACGGUAGGCUCGCCAUUUCUUCACAUGAACAUACAGGACACCGUCCGAGGUUGUCCGAGUGGAGAGAAAGUAACCGUUGGAUAACAGUUCCCGCGCUGGUAAGCCCACCUCGGGUAGAUUAGCAGUCAGGGUCUUGAGCCGAGUCCACCCUCCCCGUCAAGCCUGACACGCUUGGGUGGAGCGUUCGGGUCUAUGGGUGAUUGGCAAAUCUCAAUCGUCUCGUCUAUACACACCCUCGGCAGGUUGUUGCAGCUCGACAAUGGUGGGUAGCAGGGCAGGGACAGAAGCAGAGCGUUUCAUCCUGAUGGCAGCAUGCAGGGGAUUAGCAGUCGUAGAGCGUUUCAUCUCGGCAGUCUCUCUUCUCUCGGCAGGCAGUAGGAUAGAAGCAGGUAGGUAAGCAGGCGGGUCAGUAGGCAGCUAAGUCUAAGGAUGGCUGUCGUCUUCUCCCGGCUGGGCGCCGUCACUUCCUGUGACGUCACACUCCACUCACUCCCUAAUACCGCACCAACUCAACAUUUCCUACUACUGGAAAGUCUGUAACUUACUUGGCGAAGAACACUGGUUUACUCCAGGACCUCCGGUUUUCAUCACCCAUGAGCCCAACCGCCGUUUCAUUAGUAAUGAAUUAUUCAGAUUAAUGUGGCAAUCAUGUUAAAUAAAUCAACCAAUAGAUAAAUACCUAAAUAUAAAUACAAUGGAAUGUAUCCUAACAUCUCCUGCAUUGCACUUCUUAUGCGCCUCUAUCACAAGAUAAACCAGGCAAUCAGGUUAUUUUAAAGGUGGAGAAAACAUGAAAAUGAAAUAAGGUUUAGAUGAAAGAUUGCCAAAAGUUAUUCCUAAAUGUGGUCUUCAAUAUUUUUUCCUCCAGGAGAAAAAGACAGUUGAAAGUAAUUUUUGUAUGGUGGGUAUUUCGGACCACCUUUUGGUAUUUAUAGUCUUUGUUUAAUGAGUGAGUGCUUGGGGUUUAACGUCGUGCUCAACAAUUUUUCAGUCAUAUGACGACGAAGUCUUUGUUUAAUAAUGUCAUAAAUGAGGAUGAAACACAGAUUUAAUAAAUAUUGUUGCACUAGAAUUUGUUCUUUACAGUUAACACGUGUUAAACCUCAAUUUGGAUCAUAUUUAUAUUUUUAAUAUGUUCAUAAAUAUUAUUAUAAUUAAGGUUAAAUGCAUAUGUUUCCAUAUAAACAAAUUUACAUUCAAAAAAAUUUAUUAGACAAGCAUCACAUCCUUUUUUACAACAUUAUCAUCCAACAACGAUCAAUACCAAAAGUUGGUCCCAAAUACCACCAUAGAAAAAAUUUUCAAAUAUGCGUUUCUCCCGAAAAAAAAGAAGCCAAAAAAUAUUAAAGUUCAUAUUUGCAAUUAAGUUUUGACGCCCUUUCAUCUGAUUUUGGCAUCAUUUUUCUCCUUUAACUUUGCUCCUAGGACAUUAAGGGCUAUAAACUUUUUUAUUUUCCUCUUAAAAAUCAGUAUGACCAGUUUCUUAAGCUGUUUUUAAAGCCCCUAUGCCCCUCACUUCAAAUGUGAUGGAGCGUCCGCUCCGUGAGCGGUAGAUCCAGGGUCAAUCCUGGGUAGAGUCACACCUAAGACUUUAAAAGAAGGAGUUAUAACUUCCUCGCUUGGCGUUCAGUAUGAAGUUGAUAGUGCAACAACUGGUUGACGAGUAUCAGUAUAAUGGUUCGGGCAGGGUGGCUUACUUGCCUUCGGUUAGUCGUCUCAGUGAAGCAGCACUAGAUAAAAGAGCGAUGGAAAUCC